AUCAACAAAAAUCCUGAAUUCUCGUCUAGUUUCUUAUCUAGUUUCACCACAACAUCAAUGGCAGAAGCAACAAACAGGUAUGCAGUGGUCACCGGUGCAAACAAGGGAAUCGGAUUUGAAAUAUGUAAACAGCUUGCUUCUAAAGGAAUCACGGUUGUUUUAACUGCCAGAUAUGAGAUGCGGGGUCUUGCAGCUGUUGAAAACCUCAAAGAGCUCGGUCUGUCGGACAACGUAGUCUUCCAUCAGCUUGAUGUUGCAGACCCUGCUAGUGUUGCUUCUCUGGUCGAAUUCAUUGAAACACGAUUCAGGAAGCUCGAUAUCUUGGUGAAUAAUGCAGGGAUUGGAGGCGUCAAAGCCGAAGUUCAAGCUCUUCAAGCUGCAGGUUUUGGUAAGCCCGGUGUGCAAUUGAACUGGGGUAGUCUACUGACUCAAACACCAGAGUUAGCCGAGCAAUGCCUUCAAACAAACUAUUACGGUACGAAAAGAAUGUGCGAAUCGCUUAUUCACCUUCUCCGGCGAUCAGAUUCACCGAGAAUCGUAAAUGUUUCUUCUUCCAUGGGGAAGUUAAAGAAUGUACCGAACGAAUCGGUGAAUGCAGUCUUAGGGGACGUUAAAAAUCGUACGGAAGAGGAAGUGGAUGAGGUUUUGAGGCAGUAUAUGAAAGAUUUCAAGGAGGGUUCAUUGGAAGAAAAGGGUUGGCCUGCUUUCAUGUCAGCCUACAUACUAUCUAAAGCUGCCAUGAAUGCCUACACAAGGAUCUUGGCUGCCAAAUUUCCUGAUAUUAUGAUUAACUGUGUGUGUCCAGGCUUUGUGAAAACGGACUUAAACUACAAUGCUGGGAUCUUAAGUGUAGAAGAAGGUGCAGAGAGUCCUGUGAGAUUAGCAUUGUUGCCUAAUGGUGGUCCUUCUGGUCUCUUCUUUGAUAGGAAAGAAGAGUCCGAAUUUUAAUUAAAGCUUGCCAAGAUUUGGAUUUCAAUAGUUGA